AACAAAUGCUUGUGUAAUGGUUAGUAUCCAAAACAAAAAUGUGUUGCAGCAAGGUUUUUUGGAUUUUAUGAAACUCCACCGUUCCUUUAUCAUUUAAAUUUGCGGUGCAAAAUAUAAAUUUCUUUGGAAGUUUGUUGAUUAUUAAUUGUUGAUUGUUGAUUGUUGAAUCACAUGCCACAACCAUCUUUUAUGGGAAAGACAUUCAAUUUCUCUUUUUAGUUUUUUUCACUUGGUGUCUCAUUGGAGCCUGACUAAACUAAGAGUGGCGCCAAAUAAGUCUCAUUUUGGAGAAAAGGACUCCUUGCUUAAAACGAUUUCAUUCUCAAAUCUCGAACCUGAAACCUCUAAUAAAGUACUUAUCACCCCACCACGAAAACCGUUUGAUAUUUAAGACACUCUUAACUUCCUUCAACAUACUAUUAUCUCCAAAGUUCCCAAGAACCAUGGCUUCUUCUUCUUUACUCCUUUUCCUCUCUAUCAUUUCUUUCCUCUUUCCCUUCAUUUCUUCAUCAAAAUCCUCCACAACAAUCCCUCUUUCAUUUCUCAACACCAACACAAACCAAGAUUUCUACCAAAAACUCACUCAUUUAGCUUCUUUCUCUUUAGCUAGAGCUCAUCAUAUCAAGAAUCCUCAAGAUUCUUCAAUUUCCAACAUCCCUUUAUAUCCUCAUAGCUAUGGAGGCUACUCAAUUACUCUUCCAUUUGGUACUCCUCCUCAAAAAAUCCCAUUUGUAAUGGACACUGGUAGUAGCUUUGUUUGGUUCCCAUGUACUAAAAAGUACCAAUGCUCAAAAUGUCCUGUUUCUUCACAAAAAAAUCCAACUUUUAUUCCAAGAUUGUCAUCUUCAGCUAGAGUUCUUGGAUGUUUGAACCCAAAAUGCAGUUGGAUUCACCCAAAAAAACAGCCCGAAUCUCUUUGCCAUGCUUGCGAAUCGCGUAAUAGAACAAACUGUAAACAUGCUUGUCCACCUUAUAUGAUUCUUUAUGGUUCAGGUUCCACAGCUGGAAUUGGCCUAGUUGAAACACUGAACUUACCAAACAAGAAAACACCCAAUUUCCUUGUUGGUUGUUCUUUACUCUCCUCUCAACAACCCGCGGGAAUCGCGGGGUUUGGGAGGGGAAUGUCAUCAUUGCCAAACCAAUUAAGAGCCAAGAAACUGUCUUAUUGUCUUGUAUCUCAUAUGUUUGAUGAUAUUCCUAAAAGUAGCAUGCUUGUUUUGGAUACUGUAUAUGAAAAGUCGAAAAAUUUAACCCGUACCCCAUUGCUAAGACCUCCAUUUGUUGUUGGAACAAAUGCAUUAGCAGGGUACUACUAUGUUGAAUUGACAGAAAUCACAGUUGGCGAUCAGAUAGUGAAGGUACCAUAUCGAUAUCUGGCACCGAAUUCAUUAGGGAACGGUGGAACGAUUGUGGAUUCAGGCACGACGUUCACUUUCUUGAAUCAUGAUAUAUUUGUGUCUGUGAUGAAUGCAUUUGUGAACCAGGGCAUAAAACAGUGUCACUGCCAGAGAUGAAGUUUCAUUUCAAAGGAGGAUCAGAGAUGGUAUUGCCAUUGGUAAAUUACUUCUCUAUUGUUGGUGAAAAUGAUGUGAUUUGUUUGACAUUGGUGAGUGAUUUUAGGCUCGAAUCGUCUACUGGACCAUCGAUAAUUCUUGGAAAUUUUCAAAUGCAGAACUUUUUUCUCGAGUUUGAUCUCAAAAAUGACAUGUUUGGGUUCAGGCAUCAAGUGUGCUAAUGAGUAAUGAGAACGAUGUUGCUCAGAAUCUCUAAAAACGUUAUCAGGUUAUGUUGCUCGAAUGCUUUUUCAAAGAGUACGAGCAAGGUUAAGUGUUGGAUGUGCUAUGUUCUAGUCGACGUUUUUUUAAGAGUCUGAACAGUAUAGUUAGGUGAAAAGUGCUUGAAAGACUUCAGCUUUUGUGUAGUUCUUUUCCUUGAACUUUAGAAUAUAAGAUAAAAAAUAACAACAAAUGAUGUUUUGUUCAAGUAAAAAA